AUGAGUUUUGCAGAGUCAGAGGGUCCUCCAACAAAGAAGAGGAGGUUCUUUACAGAUAAAACGGAUAUUCUUGACUCUUCCCUCGGAGCUGAGCCAUCGUUACCGGAUGAAAUCGACGCGUUCCCUACUGCGGCGGUUGUAGAACCAUAUGAGCCAAAUGGAUUCGACUUACCAAAUUCAGGAAUUAUCCCAGGAACUGGGGGGCCAUCGAAUAGUGAAGAGCCGCAAUUGAAUGAUCAUAUACCUGGCUUUGACUCGGAGACAUUUGAGAGUUUCGUCGGAGACAAAGUCUCGCCAGAUGCACUGAAGCAGUUACGGGAGGCGUCUGGGGAUAAUCUGGAAAAAGCUGUCAAUAUGUACUUCGAUGGAUCAUGGAAGCAGAAUGCUGCAGCAGUACCCGUUCGCAGUAUUGGAGGGGGAUCAGCACCCAAAGCAAUGACAAUCAACUCUUUCGCAAGGUCGGGAACAAGUGGCGGACACGAAGCCAAUGGGACGCACGAGAAAGCCGAGAGCCCCGCCAUCGAAGUUUCUUUGAAGGAUACGAUGCCAGAAUAUCGAUAUGUUGGUGCUUUUGGGGUCGGGGCCUGGGCAACGAGGAGUGGAACUACAUUACUCAAGCACGGAGAAUCCGUUCGCAUUGAGAGGCAAAAGAUACAACCGCCAAAAGCCCCCGUGGGCAAGGGCAAAGGGAGGCCCGCUGUAACACCAUUGAAACCGAAUAGUGCCGCAGCCAAACGAGUCGAUGUCAUUGUACGCUUCACAAAUCCGAAUGGGGAAGAGGUCGGGAGACUUCCUAGAGAGACCGCAAACUGGGUAUCUACGUUGAUCGAUCAGAAAGUCUGCAGGUUUGAGGGAACUUGUGUUUAUGCACCGGAGAGAGUCAGGACAAACGACACCAUAUUCUUGCAAUUACGGUGCUCGCUACUCAGAACUGCGUUCGACAAUAGAGGCUUCAAGCCGUCCGAGAACCGUAAGACCGGCAUCUUUGAGGAGAAGGAAUCAUCGGAAGAAAAGGAGUUGCGCUUGCGUCAAGUGGCGCUUGUAAAGCUUUUUGAGGAAGUCAGCCUUCUUCCUUCUAAGACUUCGGAAACCACGGCAAAACACAAGCGUGAAGGAUUGCUACAAGCAGCUGAGGUUGCAGAACAGUACGAGAAUUCUAAACCAAAGAAGUCGAGCUCUGCUGAGAACGUUGGAUCUUCUCCGUCCGCCGAGGAGGCCGAGGACGGAAAGGAGCUCGAACAAGAUCAGCUGGAUACGCUGUACAAGAAAGCACAAUCCUUCGACUUUGACGCCCAAGCUGCAGAGCCCGCUGAAACAUUCGCUAUGGAUCUGAGGCAUUACCAGAAACAAGCCCUGCAUUGGAUGAUGUCCAAGGAAAAGGACGAGAAGGACGAGAGUAAAGAAGCUUCUAUGCAUCCCCUGUGGGAGGAAUAUGCUUGGCCCACACGGGAUAUGGAGGACAAGGAUUUACCUCAAUUUAAGGAUCAAGCCAAUUUCUAUGUCAACCCUUAUAGUGGCGAGCUCUCGCUAAAGUUCCCGGUACAGGAGCAACAUUGCCUUGGUGGCAUUUUGGCAGACGAGAUGGGCUUGGGCAAGACGAUUGAGAUGAUGAGUCUGAUUCAUUCUCACAAGUCAGAUGUCGCCAUGAGACUUGACGGAGCAACCCCCCUGCCGCAAUCAGUCAACAGUCUGCCAAGGUUACCGGCAGCUUCCACGAAUGUAGAACGGGCACCAUGUACCACGCUUGUUGUGGCUCCAAUGUCACUUCUAGCACAGUGGCAAAGUGAAGCCGAAAAUGCUUCAAAGGAUGGUACGCUGAGGAGCAUGGUCUACUACGGAAAUGAGAAGACCGCAAAUCUUCAGGCUCUUUGCCGUGAAGCAAAUGCCGCGUCUGCUCCAAAUGUCAUCAUCACAAGUUAUGGUGUUGUGCUCUCUGAAUUCAACCAAGUUGCUGCGAGGAAUGGAGACAGAGCUACGCAUGGAGGCCUAUUUUCUCUAAACUAUUUCCGGAUUAUCCUAGACGAGGCCCAUCACAUCAAAAACAGGAUGAGUAAGACCGCUAAAGCUUGCUACGAGCUUGAUGCUGAGCAUCGAUGGGUAUUGACGGGCACUCCUAUUGUUAAUCGACUUGAAGAUCUCUUCAGUUUAGUUCGGUUCUUGAGAGUUGAGCCUUGGAGCAAUUUUUCGUUCUGGAAAACUUUCAUUACCAUGCCUUUCGAGUCCAAGGACUUUAUGCGGGCAUUAGAUGUUGUUCAAACUGUUCUCGAGCCACUAGUAUUGCGCAGAACAAAGGAUAUGAAAACACCAACUGGCGAGGCACUUGUACCCCUUCCACCUAAGUCUAUGGAUAUUGUCGAUAUCGAGCUGUCGAAACCAGAACGUGAAGUUUACGACCACAUAUUCACUCGCGCCAAACGCACAUUUACAGCUAAUGUUGAAGCUGGAACGGUACUCAAAGCUUAUACGAGUAUCUUUGCCCAAAUUCUUCGGUUGAGACAAUCUUGUUGCCAUCCAAUUUUGACUCGGAAUCAAAACCUCGUCGCAGACGAGGAAGACGCCGCUGAACUGGCGAAUACUGCUAGUGGACUGGCCGAUGAUAUGGAUUUGCAGUCUUUAAUUGAACGCUUCACAGCCGUUACAGAUGAUGCAGCAGAUACGAAUGUUUUCGGUGCUCAUGUUCUGGCACAGAUUCGCGAUGAAUCUGAUAACGAAUGUCCAAUCUGCUCCGAGGAACCAAUGAUUGAGCAGACAGUGACAGGAUGCUGGCAUUCCGCAUGCAAGAAAUGCCUACUUGACUAUAUCAACCACCAAACAGACAAGGGCGAGCUUCCUCGCUGCAUCAGCUGUCGGGAGAUCCUCAACACUCACGAUAUAUUCGAGGUAGUGAAGGACGAAGGCCACCCGGAUACGAAAUGGAGCCUGCAGAGACUUGGUUCCAACUCCUCUGCAAAGAUAGGGGCAUUGAUGGCGCAUCUCAAGGCACUGAGAAACGAGCAAGCCGGUACAAAAUCCGUCGUUUUCAGCCAAUUUACAUCAUUUCUUUCCCUGAUUGAACCGGCUCUUACCCGAGCCGCUAUACCCUUUCUCCGACUCGACGGUUCCAUGGCUCAAAAGGCCCGUGCUGCGGUUCUUACAGAAUUCGCUGCUAGUAAAAAAGGUGUUGUACUUCUAUUGAGUUUGAGAGCUGGUGGAGUAGGCCUGAAUCUGACGAUGGCGAAACGAGUGUUCAUGAUGGAUCCAUGGUGGAGUUUUGCUGUCGAGGCACAAGCUAUUGACCGCGUACAUCGUAUGGGACAGGCAGACGAGGUUAAGGUUUACAGAUUUAUCGUGAAGGAAAGUGUGGAGGAGAGGAUGCUGAAGAUUCAGGACCGGAAAAAGUUUAUUGCAAGCUCCCUAGGCAUGAUGAGUGACGAGGAGAAGAAACUACAACGCAUUGAGGAUAUCAAGCAAUUGCUAAGCUAG